AUGGCUUCCAGAUUAGAAGAAGAUCUCUGCUGUCCCGUCUGCCAUUAUGUCUUCAGAGAUCCUGUUCUUCUGUCAUGUAGCCACAGCUUCUGUAAAGACUGUGUGAAGAGCUGGUGGAGAGACAAAGAAGUAAAAAAGUGUCCACUUUGUAAGAGAAGAUCUUCAGAGCAUGAACCACCUUGUAACCUGGCGUUGAAGAACCUGUGUGAGGUCUUCUUACAGGAGAGAGAUCAGAGCUCUUCACAUGCUCUCUGCAGUCUGCACUCAGAGAAACUCAGACUCUUCUGUCUGGAGCAUCAGCAGCCAGUGUGUCUCAUGUGCAGAAACUCAGAAAAACACACCGACCACAGAUUCAGGCCCAUCGAUGAAGCUGCACAACAACACAAGAAGCAGCUUCAGGAAACUCUGGAGCCCUUGAAGAAGAAGUUACAGAGUUUAGAACGUGUUAAAGUAGAGUUUGAACAAACAGCAGAACACAUUAAGGUCCAGGCCGGACUCACAGAGACGCAGAUCAAGGAGCAGUUUAAAAAGCAUCAUCGGUUUCUGGAGGAGGAAGAGGAGGCCAGGAUGGCUGCACUGAGGGAGGAUGAGGAGCAGAAGAGUCGGAUGAUGAAGGAGAAGAUAACGUCUCUUUCAGACACAAUCAGAACCACAGAGGAUGAGCUGGGAGCUGAAGACGUCUCGUUCCUGCUCAACUACAAGGCUGCAGUGGAACGAGUCCAGCAGCGCCCCCUGCUGGAUGAUCCACAACUGGUCUCAGGAGCUCUGAUAGACCAGGCCAAACAUCUGGGCAACCUGAGCUUCAACAUCUGGAACAAGAUGAAGGACAUGGUCUCCUACAGUCCUGUGGUUCUGGACCCAAACUCUGUUCAUCCAGGACUCAUCCUGUCUGAAGAUCUGACCAGUUUGAAACGAGGAGCGAGACAGAAGCUUCCUGACAAUCCAGAGAGGUUUGAUCAUUACGUAGAAGUCCUGGGAUCUGAAGGUUUUAACUCAGGGACUCACAGCUGGGACGUCCUGGUUGGAGACAGUCCUGACUGGACACUGGGUGUGUCACUAGAGUCUGUCCCGCGGAAGGGAGGUAAACUGUCUGGAUACUGGGGAAUAACGUUCUAUGAAGGUAAAUACUCAGCAGAGUCACCAUCAGGAGUAUCUUAUCUCUCUGUGCAGAAGAUCCAGAGGAUCAGAGUGAAACUGGACUGGAGCAGAGGAGAACUGUUGUUCUCUGAUCCUGACACUAACAAACACAUUCACACUUUCAAACACACUUUCACUCAGAAGAUGUUUCCAUACUUUAGCACUCAAUAUCCCUUGAAGCUGUUACCUGUGAAUCAGAAGCUGCCGGGCCCUGGCAGUCACCAGCGCUGUCAGAUCAAGUCAAUAACGAUCUCCUGGAAGCUGUUCAACAACCCAAAGCCAUCCGUCAGGGAAACAAAGCUCGGCCCGCAGCGCGGUCUGGCCCAAAAUGCAGCCAUUCAUCGCGAGGGAGAAGCCGGAGCGCUGGCCAAGCCUUUCAUGGCCAGAGAAAAGGAUCUGUAA